CUGGGGGCGGCUGGACGGGGCGCUGUCAUGGAGUCGGAGGCCGAGUUAACGGUGCCGCUGCGGGGAGAGGGCGAAGUCGAAGAGGCAACAGAAGCCCCCUCGGAGGAGAGCCGCCCAGAGGUGUUGCAGGAGGACGAAGGAGGCGAUGGACGGGAAGGGGAGCCCCCCGAGCCUGCGCGGGUGAUCGGGGACUCUGAACCCCAGGAAGCUGCAGAAGCCCUGAGCCUAGAUGAAGGCAAUGAAAGCGACGACAGUGGAGGGGGCAGCUUCAGCGAUUACGGGGAUCGUGACAAGCCGGGGACGGUCUUGCAAAGACUGGUGCCUGAGGGGAAUGCGCUUUUCCCUGACACCUUCCAGACAAACAACCUCCUCUUCUAUGAGCGAUUCAAAGCCUACCAAGACUACAUGUUGGCUGACUGUAAAGCCUCAGAGGUGAAAGAAUUCACAGCAGAGUACUUGGAAAAGGUCCUUGAGCCAUCUGGGUGGCAGGCCGUCUGGCGCACCAAUGUGUUUGAAGUUCUCCUGGAGGUUGUUGACGUGGAGUGCUCCACUCUGAAGGCUGUGGUGCGCCUCAGUGAUUCUUUCUUGUGUGAGACCAGAGGGGACACUUUCACUUCGGAGUGCGUGCAGGAGUUGCUAUCCCUGAAGGAGCAUCAACUGCCGUUGCAGGAGCUGUGGGUUGUGUUUGAUGAAUCGGGAGAGUUUGACCAGACGGCCCUUGCUAUCGAACACGUCAGGUUUUUCUACAAGCACAUUUGGAGGAGCUGGGACGAAGAGGACGAUGAUGACUUCGAUUACUUUGUUAGAUGUGUCGAACCUCGCCUCCGGCUGUACUACGACAUCUUGGAAGACCGUGUCCCUUCGGCGCUCGUUGCAGACUACCACAGCCUCCUGUCCCAGUGUGAGGAGCUUUAUCGCAUGUUCCUAGACGUCCGGAACAGCAUCUCCGGCAGCGACUCCGACUGUGAAGCAGAAAAUGUCUCUGUGGUGGAAGGGGUGAAGCUCUACGACAGGAUAGAACACUUGAAACAAAAGCUGAAGAUAAUUGAAAAUCCUCUCUUGAGGUACGUGUUUGGAUAUCAAAAGCACUCUGGUCUUCAAGCCAAGGGAAUCCGGCCAUCCGGCACCACGAUCACCCAUGUCGUAUCUGCUACCAUGAUGUCCAGCCUCUUGGCGUGUCUGCUCAGGGACAAGCUUUCUCCAGCGUCUUGUAACGAAGAAAUAGAAAUACAGUUCCACAGUGAUCCGCUGUCUGCCAUGAAUGCUUGCUACGAAGGGGACAGGAUUAUCGUUUGCCCUGGUCAUUAUUUAGUCGAGGGAACACUGUACAUUGCAGACUCCAUUGAACUGGAAGGUUAUGGCCUCCCAGAUGAUGUGGUGAUAGAAAAGCGAGGGAAAGGAGACGCUUUUGUCGAAUGCACGGGAGCCGACGUGAAGAUCUCCAGCUUGAAGCUCAUCCAGCAUGAUGCGGUAGAAGGCAUCUUAAGUAUUCACCAAGGGAAGACCACACUCGAGAACUGUGUCUUGCAGUGUGAGACAAUGGGAGUUGCUGUCCGAACAUCGGCUGAGCUUUUAAUGAAAAAUUCGGAUUUAUACGGUGCUAAGGGUGCUGGUGUAGAAAUUUAUCCAGGGAGCACGUGUACUUUGAUGGUGAACGGCAUACACCAUUGCAAAGAGGGAAUCCUCAUAAAAGACUUCCUGGAGGAGCAUUAUGAAAUUCCCAAGAUCACCUUAGUGAACAAUGUAAUUCAUAAUAAUGAAGGAUAUGGAGUCGUCUUGGUGAAACCUACGGCCUCGUCUGAUGCAACAGACGGCACUUCAGAAGGAAAGACCAAGGAUGUCCAGUCCUCUGGUGAAGCCGUCAGCAUGGCGGGGGAAGAAUUACAUGAACGGGCAAGUGAAGAAUUAGAUCCCUACGGAAGAGUAGACACCUCCAAGCAUGUAGAGGGCAAUUGCGAAAUUGCGAACGAACUUUCGGCCGCAUCUCUGAAAAAGAAGCAGUUGUGCAAGAAAAGGUUGAGUAACCUGGGCAUCACGGAGGCGGAUGAUGACUUGAUGUCUCAGGAAAUGUUUGUGUCUAUCGUGGGCAACCAUUUCAGACGAAACGGGAAAGGCAGCUUUGGAACGUUUCUUUAUUGACUUCUGCGAAUGGCCUUGAAAUAGCUGUGAGAGACUGUCUUAUUCCAAAGUACUUAAAACAAUCCCAGCACCCUUCCCAUCCGUUUAUUUUGUGCGUUUCUUGCUUCAGUGCGUACAUUUGGUUUUUAACCACACACCCCUUGCACAGGUGAAACCUGUGCUCCUGACAGUGGGUUUAGAACCCAUCACUCUAGAACAACAGCAACAAAUUUAAUUCCAUGGGAAUUCUUUGAUAAGCUCUUUCUCCUUUGUUUGGUGCAUCACUUAUUUUAUUAUAGUAUUUAUCUCUAAUAUAUCAUCCCCUCUUUUAAAAUACAAUAAAGACCUAGGAAUUAAUGCAAGGGGAGCGUGGGCCAAUUAUGAUAUCUUGAUCUGUUUUAUCUCUCAACCCCAACUCAAGGGUUUG